AUGGAGCGCGUCGGUGCUCACUCUCAUAUUCGUGGUUUGGGUCUUGAUGAUACCCUUGAGCCUCGUGCCACCUCUCAAGGUAUGGUUGGUCAACUCAAAGCACGUAAAGCUGCUGGUGUCAUUUUGAGAAUGAUUGAGGCUGGUAAAAUUGCUGGUCGUGCCGUCUUGAUUGCUGGCCCACCUUCUACUGGUAAAACUGCCAUUGCUAUGGGUAUGGCUCAAGCUCUUGGUACAGAUGUCCCCUUCACCAUGUUGGCUGCUUCCGAAAUUUUCUCUCUCGAAAUGAGUAAAACCGAAGCCUUAACACAAGCCUUCCGUCGUUCAAUUGGCGUUAGAAUCAAGGAAGAGUCAGAACUUAUCGAAGGUGAAGUUGUCGAAAUCCAAAUUGAUAGAUCUAUGACUGGUGGCUCUAAAACCGGUAAACUUACACUCAAAACAACCGAUAUGGAGACAAUUUACGAUCUUGGAAACAAAAUGAUCGAUUCACUCAACAAGGAAAAGGUGAUGGCAGGCGAUGUUAUUGCUAUCGACAAGGCUUCUGGCCGUAUUUCCAAGUUGGGUCGUUCAUACGCUAGAGCUAGAGAUUACGAUGCAAUGGGUUCAGACACUAAAUUCGUGCAAUGUCCCGAAGGAGAGUUACAAAAGAGAAAAGAGGUCGUCCACACAGUGUCACUCCACGAAAUCGAUGUGAUCAACAGCAGAACCCAAGGCUUCUUGGCUCUGUUCUCUGGCGAUACUGGCGAAAUCAAAUCUGAAGUUAGAGAUCAAAUCAAUACCAAAGUUGCAGAAUGGCGAGAGGAGGGUAAAGCAGAAAUUGUUCCCGGUGUGCUCUUCAUUGAUGAGGUGCACAUGCUCGACAUUGAGUGUUUCUCCUUCUUGAACAGAGCUUUAGAAGAUGACAUGGCUCCUGUUGUAAUUAUGGCUUCCAAUCGUGGUAUCACUCAUAUUCGUGGCACCAAAUACAAGUCUCCUCAUGGUAUUCCUGUUGAUUUGCUCGAUCGUAUGCUCAUUAUCUCCACCAACCCCUAUGAAGAGAAAGAAGUCAAGGAAAUCUUGAAUAUCAGAUGUCAAGAGGAGGAUGUGGAAAUGACAGAUGAUGCCAAGGAUGUGUUGACCCGUAUUGGCACUGAAACUUCUCUUCGCUAUUCCAUUCACCUUAUCACAGCUGCUAAUUUGGUCGCAAGGAAGAGAAAGGCUCCUGCUGUGGAUGUGCAAGAUAUCAAGAGAGUGUAUUCACUUUUCUUGGACGAAAAGAGAUCUGUUCAGUACUUGAAGGAUUAUCAAGAUCAAUACAUGUUCAAUGAGCAUAAUGAUACUAUGGCUGUUGAUACUGCUAUGGAGUUGUAA